AUGAGCGCACUUGAUUCAGCAAUUCAGGAGUGUGUGAACUACCUACUUCCAAUAUUUUUAGAUAUUUCAAAGAGUACUGAAUCCAUACUGAACGAACCUUCUUCCGCAACUCUCUUUAAUGAAAUAGUAGAUUUAAAAUGGCAACCGCUAGAGAAAUUAAAUAUGUCGGAUGAUAAUCUGGACAUGGUAGUUAACAUUACACUUAAUAGAAUUAUCUCAGAUACACUAAUGGCUGUCGGUGAAAUAGACAACCAAGAAACUGCAUUAACAUCAAUUGAAAAGGCACAAUUGUGUGCAACCGUUUUAGAUUUUAUUUUCCAUUCAAGAAAGAGUAGAAAAACUGUUGAAAAUUGGAAAGUAUCAUUCUUUAAAUUAUUCAGUGAAGUUAUUGACAUACUAAGUUGGCCUACAAAUAUUGCGGAAUUCUUUAGUUAUCCUGAAUCACGUAUCGACUGGUUUAAAUUAAAUCCAACUGUAGAGCAAGAGUAUAGUGGUAUAUCGUCUUUAAUAAGUUAUAAAAAUCCAUUAUCUGAACAUUUACGUCAUUGGAAUGAAAUGCUAUCCACGUUAGAGAAGAACACAACUUUCAAUACGCCUGCUCAUUAUAAGAUGAAAUUUAGAUUAGAAAAAUUCAUAUCUAAUCUAUUACCAAUAUAUGAAGAGUCAAAUUUUAAUAGAUCUGCCCAAAUAUCACAGAAGCAAGACUCUUCUAAUCCAUGGAAUAGGACAAAGACCAACACAAGACCAACAACAUCACCUGAAAUUCUGACCGAAGAUUAUUUAUACCUGUAUAAUAAAGUACUGACAAAUCCAAUAUCAUUUACUUUUAAUACGUUUCAAAUGAAACGUGAUGCAGAACGUGCUGUUGGUGUAUUAUUAGAUGCUAUACUAGAUGCCGAGGACACAUUUUACAAACAGGCAAGAUAUAAGCAUAAAAAUAUAUCUCUUAUUAAUGAAAAACUGAAUCCAAAUUAUCAAGCGGACUUUACUAUCAUGCCAGAAUCUGAACCAAGCUAUUUAAAAGACUCCUCCACAUUCCAAACUACAGAAAAAGAAUUAUGGUCUAGUAUAGUACAAUUCUAUGAGAAAAAUGAACAUAUUCCAAGACCUACUGCUUUAGCAUUUGCAACAAAAAAUCCCACUGUGCUUUACGAUCAGCUUUUGAAAACAAAUAAUGAUGUAUAUAGAAAACAGUUCAUUUUACAAAUAUUAUUUGUUUCUCAGUUAUUAGAAAAACUAAUCGAAUCUGAGGACAUUAGAAAGUUUUAUAAAAUGAACAGAGAAAAGGAGGGUGGAAAUGGUAUAAUUGAUAUUGGAAAAUUAGAGGACUCAAAUCUGAGAAAAUUGGCCUCCAUUUACACUCAUGUUUGUAAAAAUCGUAUUGCUGGUUUCUAUCAAACUCGAGACGCUACAUUUACUAUGAUCUUCAAACGACUAUUAGAAGAUAACGAUAAUUAUAUGUUGGAAAAAACGAACAAUUUUAAAUAUUUCCAAAAUUUUAAAGUUCCAGAGCAGAAUAAGAAAAUGGAAAUUGAUACUAACUUCAAGAAAUUCGGGUUCAUUAAACUUGGUAAUAAACAAAUUGACAACGCUUGGAAAAUUAGAACUGGUCUUGAUUGCAUAGUUGAUCAAUCCAGAAACCCCGAUGAUAUAUUUAAAGAUCUAAAAGAAGAAUACGAAAACCAAAAUAUAGCAAAUGAAAAUGUUAACGAUGAAAUCGUUCAUCAGUGGCAAAUCUUGAGAUCUGUUCGAUCUAGAUAUCUAUCCGAGUUCGGUAAAUACAACGAGACCAACGGUGUUAGUGGCAUCUUUAAGGAACAAAAUUCAGGAGAUACUGAAUCCAGAAGGGUUGCCUUAAGAUUAAAAUUCGCCUCUCUGGCAAAGAAAUCUCAUGAUGAUCAGUUAUUAAAGGCUCGUCAGUAUAUGGAAGAGAAGGCAUCAUUAAAAAGAAAACGCGAAGAGGAGACUGAAGAAUUACAAAAAAAGAAAGCUGAGUUGAAUAUAGUUGAUCCUAGUACUACAAUGAUCGUGGUAAACGAAACUAAUGAAAAUGAUUCUAAUGUUAUUGAGAAUGAGGAGAAGACACAAAAUCCGGUCCAAGAUUGA